UAAUCCCGCCCCUUGCGCCGGCGCCUUCCUUUUCCUCCCUGAAGCCAGCGAGGUCGCACGCGUGAGGCCUGUGCACCGCCGCCGAAAUGCGCUACGUCGCCUCCUACCUGCUGGCCGCCCUCGGGGGCAAUGCGUCUCCCAGCGCCAAGGACAUCAAGAAAAUCCUGGACAGCGUGGGCAUCGAGGCCGACGACGACCGGCUCAACAAGGUCAUCAGUGAGCUGAACGGGAAGAACAUUGAAGACGUUAUUGCCCAGGGUAUUGGCAAGCUUGCCAGUGUGCCUGCGGGUGGUGCUGUGGCCGUUUCCGCCGCCCCAGGCUCAGCAGCUCCUGCUGCCGGCUCAGCCCCAGCUGCAGCAGAGGAGAAGAAAGACGAGAAGAAGGAGGAAUCCGAGGAGUCAGAUGACGACAUGGGCUUUGGCUUGUUUGACUAACCCUGCCUUCCAAAUAAAGCCUUUUUAUGUAUCCAA